CAGGUUGUAUAAUCAUGUCAUCAGACAACCAGGACAAGAUUGUCAACUUUCAGAGAAAUGUUCUGAUAGCCAGAGCUAAGGUUGAUAACAAGAACUUAAAUGGCACUGGAAUAGUAUCAGAUAGAAUUCGAUCAAAAAAGUCUUCAUGUGAGCCUGUGGAAACAGGCAAAAUCAGAUCAAAGAAGAAGUCUGAGGAUAUAAUUUCUAGUGUAAAGGGUUCAAUGACUGAUAAUGAUCAAUCAAUGCCUAUCUUAAAGGAGGUUCCUCGCGAAAAUAACUUACCUAGCAAAACUUCCUCAACAAAAAAGAAGACAAAUUCCUCUAAUGAUGAUUGCAGUGGCAAAUCCUUUCGACAAACAGUAGAGGUAUCUCCAACCAGCAGAUCACCUGAUCAAAAGAAACGGAAACGCUUUAAUGUUUUAGCUCAUUCAGAAUAUCAUGGCAAGUCCGAUGAGAACUCAAAAGUAUUACUUGAAACUAAUUUAGUGGCUAAUGUGCUUCAACAGUACAAAUCAGAAAAACCACCUAUACUAGAUUCCCUAAAGGUAUCCCUAAGCAGUUCUUCAGAGAUGAGUUUGGUGAUCCCAAAUCAGCCUACUGAUUAUAACCAAGAAUUGCAAGAACUAGCUAAGCAGCUCGCUUCAGAGACCCAGUCUUACACUUUAUCUCCAAUGCAAUCAAAAAUGAGCUAUGGUCAAUCAAGGUAUUCAAGACCGCAGCAAGUUCAAGACAAUCAUAGCUAUAAUCAUCAUGAAAUCUCAAGCUUUGGAGAUUUGGAACUAUCAUAUCAGUUCUUCAAUCAAAAUAAUGCUUUUCCCGAACUUAUGUCACACAACUAUCCUCCUGGAAUGGGACCACCUGGAUUAGGGCCUCCUGGAUUGCAACCUCCUGGAUUAGGGCCUCCUGGAUUACGACCUCCUGGAUUAGGGCCUCCUGGAUUAGGACCACUUGGAUUAGGACCUCCUGGAUUAGGACCACCUGAAUUAGAACCACUUGGAUUACGACCUCCUGAAUUAGGGCCUCCUGAAUUAGGACCUCCUGUGUUUGAAACACCCCAAUUAGGACCAAUAGGAUUAAGACCAACUCAAGUGAAGACUUCAGUUCUUCCAUCAUUCAAUUCACACAUACAAAACCGAGAGGGUAGUAUAGACACACAGGUCGAUGUUUGCUCAAAUAGGUCUGCUGUCAGUAACUUUUUGAAGUAUUCUAAUUCAGAACUACUCACUCCAGCCUACAAACCUACAUUUUUCAAUGAUGAAACAUGUAGUACUGAAAUAUCAGAUUCUUUGAAUAAUCCUUACAGUUUUAUUGGGAAACAUCCCUCGUUGACUAUGAAGUCUCGUGACAAGUUAUACGAUGAGGUCAGAGCAUCUUCUACUCACAGAGACUGUGAUGGUGAAGUUGGAGCAAUUCUCAUGGGCGGAAAUCAAAAUAAGCCGAAAGUGAAUAAUCCUUACAGUUUUAUCGGGAAACAUCCCUCGUUGACUAUGAAAUCUCGUGACAAGUUAUACGAUGAGGUCAGAGCAUCUUCUACUCGCACAGACUCUGAUGGUGAAGUUGGAGCAAUUCUCAUGGGCGGAAAUCAAAAUAAGCCGAAAGUUUCUCCCUACAGUGUCUCACCAGACUAUAAAUUAGGUCAGCCUUAUAGAACUGCAAGUGGUGAUUUGAGCAACAGAGGUGAAGUCAGAUCGCAGAAAUAUCCUACCUCUGACAAACUCGAUCAUAACCCAAAAAGUACCAUUCCUUGUUUCAGUCAGCUUAAAAGCUCCUCGGUACAUCAGUACCAAACACCACCUGGAUCAAGUAGCAACAACCGCGUGCAGGACAGUCACUGGUCCCCAGGAUCCGGGGUGCUAUCAGACAAUAUACAUACUUCUCCACUAUCAGACAGCGGGACCAGUAGUCCAGCCGGGAGAGCAGGUAGAGCAGGUCGAUACUCUUCUCCCUUGAAUAGAGCAGGUCGACACUCCUCUCCUUCAAAUAGAGGCAGAUACACUGGCAAACCCCGAUCUAGCAACUCUUCUCCCAUUACUAGAGAAGUGAAGAUUUCUAAAGCUCUGUCUGGAAUAUGUAGACACAAACACGGAACAGAGACUCUCAUGAUGUUAGAAGGCGGGUACUUCUCUGUGGAGGAAAUACUGAACACCUCCCGAUUCAAACAGCUGUCCGUUACACAAGCUGAAGUGGAGGACAUUGUAAAGAGCAAUGACAAACAGAGGUUUAGUUUGAAGGAGUUGGAGGGAAACCUGCUGAUAUGUGCCAACCAAGGGCACUCUUUUGAAGUUCAAGGUUUAGAACUGGAGAGAAUAGAGUCGGCAGAUGGGUACACUGGUAUUGUUCAUGGAACCUACGACGCAGCCUGGGAGUCUAUUAGAAGAAAGGGUCUCAGUAAGAUGAACAGGACCCACAUCCACUUUGCUGUGGGACUGCCUUCUAACCGUCAGGUUAUUAGCGGAAUGAGGGGUGACUGUCAGGUUGUUAUUUAUAUAGACAUGUCUGCUGCUAUCAAAGACGGGUUACAGUUCUACAAAUCUAAAAAUAACGUUAUUCUCUGCUCUGGUAACGAGGAUGGGUUACUACCUACAAAAUACUUUACUUCUGUUAUACGAAUAAAAGGACAGAGACAGUUGUUGCACGAAACAAGACCGGUGGGAUUUGACCCUGAACAGUCAGCAAGUUGUCAUGGUAACAAUCCUGGUACUAGUAAUAGUGAAGCAGACCGCUCUAACAACUGGAGGAAAACUGCUUAGCUUUUAAUGACCAAUCAGACAGCUGUAUUCUAAACACUGCACAUGAUACUGAUCAACCAAUCAAAGAGCCCUAUUUUAGGCGCGUGUUGAUGAACUCACCCGGAUUGGCAAUUUCAAGUUUAUGUUAUGUCUCUAAGAGGAUAUAGUAUAAUUUGAAUAUAUUAUUGUUGUGCCUGUUGUUAUGUAUGUAUGGAAGUUUAUUUGUUGUGCGACUUAGGAAAAUUUUAUAGGUUUUUAUGCGUAAGAUUUUCUAUUUCUUGGGUACGUAAUACCCUAUUUCUUGGGUACGUAAUAUAUAUAUAUAAUAUAAUAAUACUUUAUCAUAUUAUAUAAUAUUUUAAUUGUUACAUUUUCAAAUUUUACAUUGAACUUCAAGUUGGAAUAAGUAUGCAAAUAAUUAUCAAUCAAAUAUUUAUACGUAUUUAUACGUAUUAACAUGUUUAUUUUAUAGGUUAUCUAGUUACACUCACAACCCAGUGAGCUUGCAAACUGACUAGUAGUAAACUAUAGAAAGAGGAUAAUAUAUUUUGUGCUCUGUUUUUAUUGAAGCUGAUGCAGAGUUAGUACUGCUAUAUUUACGUUAUCAGAAUAAGAUAUUGUUUAUUGUAAUUUAAUGUUUUUUAAUAGA